AUGGAUAAACUUGAUAAAAUUAUUGCACAAUUAGACGAAUUGGAAAUUAGUCAAAAACACAGGGAAGAGUUGCUCAAAAGAAAUCAAGCAACAUUCCUCCUGAGAUUGCCAAAAGUCAUUUUAAUAUAGAGAGUGUGUGGAUUUUUGGAUGAUAAUGAUCUAUAUAGAUUUACAGCAACAUGUUCCACACUCAGAAAGGUGAUGUUUUGUCCUUUGGGAUUCAAACUAUUGAUGUUGAGUAGAAAUGCUAAUCAUUUGGUUGGAGGACCCAAACAUUCUCAAAUACAACUGAAACAUGAAAAGAUCGACAUUAUCUCAUGUGGCAAUUUGUCAACCAACAGCAGUAUGUUUGACACAGAGGAGGAUGCACUAGCCUAAUUAGAGGUUUUGAAAGCUGUGAAGGAUUUCUUAUAGAGCAAAUUGCAGGAUUCGCAAGCAACCAUUUAAAAAUUACAAGACAUGUUGGAAGAUGCCCAAGCUACUCUAAAAUAUGAAAAAUCAGUCAAUUUAAGGUUGCAAUCCAAAAUAAACAUUCUGCAAAAUCAACUAUCGAUAUCUGAACUCUAGAGGUAGGAUGUUAGGGAGAACUUGGCAGAAUUGAAUUCUAAAUACAACAAAAUUAUCACUUAAAUGGAAUAGGACAAAAUCAUCUUGUUGGAAGACAAGGAGAAGCUUCUAAAACACAAGCAAGUCUUGAUCGAAGAGGUCUACAGAUUGAGAGGUGUGGUGGCCAAGAUGGAGGAAAACCAAAACAAUUAUAAGGAAGCCUUAAGACAGGUUAAAACCUUUAUGGAAAGCGUAGAAGUUAAACCUGUUUGAUUUUGUUAUCGAUUGAAUUAUUAAUUAAUUUUGAUGAUGUACUAUUUUUC